AGAUGGUGUAAAUAAUGCCAUAUGUUGUAACGAAAUAGAUACAGAACACGAUAAAAUAGGUGGAGCAGCGAAAGAAAACACUCCUAAAUCAAUCAAUCUGCAAACAAAAACCCCUAAAAUCGAUUUCUCGAGAAAAUGGAAGGCGAGGCAAUCACCCAGAUAAUGGUAGGAGUGAACGAGUCAACGAUCAAAGGUUAUCCACAUGCUUCCAUUAGUAGUAAAGGCGCAUUCGAGUGGACUCUUAAGAAGAUCGUUCGUAACAACACUUCUGGCUUCAAACUCCUCUUCCUCCAUGUUCAAGUUCCCGAUGAAGACGGUUUUGAAGACAUGGAUAGCAUAUUUGCAUCACCCGAGGAUUUCAAGGUCCUGAAACACAGGGACAAGAUUAGAGGGCUCCAUCUGCUGGAGUACUUUGUUAACCGAUGUCAUGAAAUUGGGGUUCCUUGUGAAGCAUGGAUAAAGCAAGGUGACCCAAAGGAAGUCGUCUGCCACGAAGUCAAACGUGUACAGCCAGAUCUUCUUGUGGUUGGCUGCCGUGGUCUUGGUCCCUUUCAGAGGGUUUUCGUGGGAACUGUGAGUGAGUUCUGUGUUAAGCAUGCCGAAUGUCCUGUUGUCACAAUUAAGCGCAGUGCAGCUGAGACUCCUCAGGACCCUAUAGAUGACUAAUUCAUUUGGUGUAUUUGUUAGUGCUUAAUGUUCAUUGAUGCAUAUUGGAUGUCGACUUGUGUUGUAGAUAGAUUUUGCAGAUUUUCAUUCUGGUUAUAUAGCUAUGUCUGCUGUGUUGUGUUGUGGGUUUCGUGAUUGCACAUGAUUGUUGUUUGCAUGUGUAGUAACAAUGUCCCGUGUACAUGUGUCUGAGCUUUGAGUACUUCUGGGCCUGCGUGUGCUCUUUAGUAAUAUGUUGGUUUUGGAGAA